AUGGCUCUGUCUGUGCCUUGGGUGCAGGACAGGCAAUUUCUCCUGUAUCCUGGAAUGCAGCUGGUUGUAAAAUUGCAUCUCACUACUGCAGGAGCAGCUUGUACCAACCCUUUCAACAGAGAAACAGUGGAGGAAGAGGCUUGUCUCAAGGCUCAUUUUCGUGCGACACCUGGGGGGGUCCUAGCAGUGGCGAACAUCAGGGGCGGAGGCGAAUACGGAGAGAGCUGGCACAAAGGUGGUAUCUUGGCCAACAAGCAAAAUUGCUUUGAUGACUUCCAGUGUGCUGCCAAAUACCUCAUCAAGGAAGGCUACACGUCCCCAAAGAAGCUGACUGUUAAUGGAGGCUCAAAUGGAGGCCUCUUGGUUGCUGCCUGUGCUAACCAGCGCCCUGACCUGUUUGGCUGUGCCAUUGCCCAGGUGGGAGUGAUGGACAUGCUCAAGUUCCACAAGUACACUAUUGGCCACGCCUGGACCACUGACUAUGGCUGCUCCGACUGCAAAGAGCAGUUUGAGUGGCUGUGCAAGUACUCUCCACUUCACAACAUCAAGCUGCCAGAAGAGGAUGGCAUCCAGUACCCCUCCACGCUGCUGCUGACCGCAGACCACGACGACCGCGUGGUGCCUCUGCACUCGCUCAAGUUCGUCGCCACCCUGCAGUACGUGGUGGGCUGCAGCCACAAGCAGACCAACCCCCUCCUCAUCCACGUCCACACCAAGGCUGGGCACGGGGCAGGGAAGCCAACUGCUAAAGUCAUUGAAGAGGUCUCAGAUAUGUUUGCUUUUAUAGCACGGUGCCUAAACCUGGAGUGGAUCGAGUAGGCAGAGAGCUGCUCCCUGCCUCCUCUAGCGAACAAGGGCUUUAACACCAGCUCAGACCAAGCAGACUGCUCCUCCCUCUAGUACUUACAUUUAAGAACUGCAGUUUAAUAUUUUAUUGACCCAACCUGCUGUGGAGUUUUGAUCCUCUGUGCUUCCCUCUUGGUUUGUUUCUCUCUUUAUUUUUGGCAUUUCUUUUGACUUUCUUUUCUACUGCCUGCCUUUGACAAGCAUGUUGAGGUAAAUAGCUGCUGUCAGUGCCGUGGUGAACCUUGUAGAUGGCAGAGUUAGUGCUUAGGUGAACUUCUCUCCUGUAAACCAUUUUAAUGCAUUUUACACCUAUAAGCUCACCCAGAUCACCCAUAAUUACAUGUGAGCACUGCCCUGCAUAUGAGGACUGUGAGCAUACUUCAUUGACACAGGAGCUUAUUUAAGAAUGUAAAUUGAAGGUGGUCAGUGCUGCCCAUAAAAUCCUAAAGAGGGAGUCAUCUGGAGAAUUAACUGUCAUUAAAAAGCUUCUAUUACAUGCUGCUGAGAA